AUUUUCCACACCACAAACAUAAAAAGCACAAAGCAGGUGUGGCCUCCUGCUCUGCAAUCCAUUCCAGCAUACACACUUGCCCUUUGAAACUUUUGAAACCUCCUUCAACUUCUUACACCUCCCAAGCCCCCUCCAAAAAAGAGCCUAUCGUUCUCCCGUCUCCCUUGCUUGAGCUCCACAACAAUGGCGGAAGACGAUCUCGGUUCCCCUCUGCUGCCCUCACAGCCGUCCGAUGAUUCCCAAGUCAUUUUGACCGUCGAUGAGGAGGAGCAGUCGACGAUCCACCACCAAUUUUGGAGCCCUCCGCGGAGCAAUGGUCAUAAUCGCAACGCCCACUCCGAUCCUCGUAAUCCCUUUUCUUUUCUCGGGGUCCAGGGCUUCACCGUGCCGCCGUCGCCCACUGUUGAUCCGUUCCGCAACCACACUCUGAGGGUUGAAGGGGUUUAUGAGUGGCUUAAGAUUGUGGUGUGUCUGCCCAUUGCGUUGAUUCGAGUUGUGUUGUUUGGAGCUUGCUUGUUGGUGGGGUUUCUGGUCACCAAGUUAGCUCUUCUGGGUUGGAAGGAUAAGCAGAAUCCUAUGCCCAAGUGGAGUUCAAGGAUCAUGUGGGUCACCAGGGUCUGCGCCCGGUGUAUCCUCUUUUGCUUUGGUUAUCAUUGGAUAAGACGAAAAGGAAGACCAGCUCCACGAGAGAUUGCUCCAAUAGUUGUUUCUAAUCAUGUAUCAUACAUCGAACCUAUCUUUUAUUUUUAUGAAUUAUGCCCUACCAUUGUGGCAUCUGAGUCACAUGACUCCAUACCAUUCGUGGGGACUAUUAUCAGAGCCAUGCAGGUUAUAUAUGUAAAUAGGUUUUCUCGGUCAUCAAGGAGGCAUGCUGUUAAUGAAAUAAAGAGAAAAGCUUCUUGCGAUGGAUUUCCUCGAGUGCUAUUAUUUCCUGAAGGAACCACAACCAAUGGAAGGGUUCUCAUUUCAUUCCAACUUGGUGCAUUCAUUGCUGGUUAUCCAAUCCAACCAGUAGUUGUUCGCUAUCCCCAUGUACACUUUGAUCAAUCUUGGGGAAAUGUUGGUUUAGCAAAGCUCAUGUUCAGAAUGUUCACGCAGUUUCACAAUUUCAUGGAGGUUGAAUACCUUCCCAUUGUUUCACCCCUUGAGAACAAAAAAGAAAGUGCUCCCCUUUUUUCCAAGAGGACUAGCCAUGCCAUUGCAAUUGCCCUUAAUGUUGUUCAAACGUCUCAUUCCUAUGGGGACUUGAUGCUUCUCACACGAGCGGCUCAGUCAAAACAGGAAGAACUCAUGGGCUAUAUGGUUGAAAUGGCCAGGGUUGAAAUGUCAUUACAUAUAACCACUUUGGAAGCUGUGGACCUUCUGGAUAAAUUUCUGUUGAUGGACCCAGACCCCAGUGGUCGUGUUAAAAUCCAUGACUUUUUGAGGGUUCUAAGACUGAAGCAUUGUGGUCUUUCUGAAAAGAUAUUUGGAUUCAUUGAUACGGAGAAGAAUGGAAAUAUCACAUACAAACAGUUCUUGUUUGGAUCAGCUAAUGUCAUGAAGCAGCCAUCAUUCCAACAAGCCUGUGAUGUAGCUUUUGCUGAGUGUGUGUCUAGCGGAAAAUCCUACAUUUCAGUGCAAGAACUAGGAAACCGCAUUAGACUUGCAAUCCCAGACUUGAAUGAGGAUGAGAUCCAAAAUCUUUUCAAUUUUUUUGAUACCGAUGGUGAUGGGAGAAUUUGCAAGGAUGAUUUUUAUGCUUGCCUAAGAAGCAAUCCGCUUCACAUAGCUCUUUUUACGCCCUGCUUGCUGCAGGACUCAUCAGAAGCAGGUGGUAGAAUGCUAGAGUUGGUUUGAUGGGAAUGGUUUUUGGAUUAAUGGCAAGCAAUACAGAUCCGAAUUUUAGUAAUGUUCUUGACAGGGGGGCUUGAGGAAGCUUUGCAUACAAAUUAUUUGAAGUGCAGGCAGUACUCUUCUCCAAAAUUUUCAACUUUGGUCCACUGAAAGAGACCACAACUCAGAGAUUUCCUAUGUUUUAAUUUUCAUUAUUAUUUUUAUUUGUAAUUUAUUUAUUGCUAAUGCUAACCUUGCUGAACUAAUUAGCCUGUAGGCAAUGGUUUUGAUUAUCCCAAUGUUUUACUCUUUCUUGGUUUAAUGCUUGGAGGUCCAUGGCCUUUUUAUUGGUUAA